AAAGUACAUAUUAAUAUCCUUUCAAUUUAAUCGGUGUCUUAAAAAUAUAACUAUUAAUUCUUACCUAUUGAAAAUUUAAAAAUUUUAAUGGUGCAGAAUUACGAGUUUAAUGUUACAAUGUGUUAUUUUAAGUAUUAAUCUUAUAACUGUUGAGUUAAUAUAAUGGAAAAAAUAACGUUUUGUAAAAGCUGGUCAUUUCUGAAAACAUUUACAAGAAACCACAGUUCAAAAGAAUGGCUAUUACGACAAAAAACUGAUCCUUAUGUGGAAAAAGCCAAAAUAAAAAGUUAUAGGUGUAGAAGUGCAUUCAAACUGCUGCAAAUGGAUGAUAGAUUUUCUAUAUUGAAACCAGGCCAAUGUGUAAUAGAUAUUGGUGCAGCUCCGGGUAGCUGGUCACAAGUAGCUGCGUCUAGAAUUAAUUCAAAUGCUACUAAUAGUGAAAUUCCAACUGGCUUACUGAUUGGUAUUGAUCUUCAACAAAUGUAUCCAAUAAAAGGAGUAACAUUAUUAGGAAAUUCUGAUUUUACAUCUCCUAAAACUUGGCAAAAGAUAAAAGAAUUAUUAAAUAGCCGUCCUAUAGAUGUUGUCUUAAGUGAUAUGGCGCCUAACGCUACCGGAGUGAAGCAUUUGUACCAUGAUUUAAUCAUAAAAUUGGCGUAUUCAGUAGUUAAAUUUGCUGUUUUAAAUUCAAAUGUUGGCGCAGCAUGUUUAAUUAAAAUUCUGGAUGGUAAUCAAAAUGCAGAGAUUGAAAAUACUUUGAUAAAGUUUUAUUCAAAUGUGAAAUUUGUAAAACCUGAAGCUAGUCGAUCAGAUUCAGCUGAAAAAUAUCUACUUGCUCGUGGAUUUAAAGGACUUAAACAAAAUUAAUUUCUGUAUUGUUAUUAAUAUGUAAAUGAUAUAAUAUUAUAGUUAUGUAUUUAUUAAUGUAAAUAUUUCCUUAAAAAAAUAUUUUAAAAUUUAUUUUGUAAGAGGUUAUACCCCAUGCAUAUGUUGUCUCUGUCUUAUAAACUUAAAAUAGUUGUAGGUAUACAAUUUGAAUUCAGCAGAACCAAUUUUAUGUUGUAGUUUAGAUAUUAAAGUGAAUUAUUAUACCUAAAGGAAA